UCUUUGGUUAUAUUUAGAACCUGACUAGCUAGAGGUCCGACCCAAACCAAUGACUACACCGUCUGAAUAAUUAAUUUAAAACUUAAUCUUUCAACAAACAUAACGCUUACUGGAAUUAUCAGAGGAAUUGUACAUGACACAAGGGGAAAACAUGUAAUAAUGGUCUGCAAGGACGAUUCGAGCCAAUGAGAGUGUAUAUUCUAGUUUGCUCGUGAGAUUCAGGGCUGUUUGUCAUCAUCAUGACGGGGGUCGCAGUCUGCUUCGGAACCGUGAACUCCAUCAAAGCACUUUGGGAGACCAAGAUAAAGAAAAGUAAAGAUGAUCUGAGGAAAGAGAAAGAGCAGAGAGAUCGCAUAGCAGUGGGUAGGUUGACGGGUGCCUGGGAGGAUCGCAUAACUUUGGCCAAGCUGAAGGAAAAAGUUGUGACUGAGGAAGGACGUGUCAUCCUACGUAUUGAAAAAGAGGAUUGGAAGACACUUCCUGCGGCUCUGGUCCAGCUCACCCACAUCCAAGAAUGGCAGUUACACCGAAUAGGACUUCAGAAGAUCCCGCAGUUCAUCUCAACCUUUCAAAAUCUCAUAGUCUUGGACUUGUCUCGUAAUUCAGUCACAGAGAUUCCCAAAGAGAUUGGUAAACUAACUCGGUUACGAGACCUGUUGUUGAGCUAUAACCGAGUCAACUACGUACCGGAGGAAAUCGGCUGCUGUGAAAAUCUGGAGAAACUAGAAUUGGCAAUGAAUCACGAUCUGGAUGACCUGCCUGCCGGGCUUAGCAAUCUAAAGAAGUUGUAUCAUUUGGAUCUCUCCAUGAACCAAUUCACCACUAUUCCGGACUGUGUGGUCAAUCUUCCUUCUCUGGAAUGGCUAGACAUGGGAAGCAACCGAUUGGAGACGUUGCCAGAUGACAUUCACAGAAUGGAGAAACUUCAUACCCUGUGGCUCCCGAGAAAUGAACUAGAGUACCUGCCGGACAACAUCAGCCGCAUGCAAAGCCUAGACACGCUGGUUCUGAGCAAGAAUAAACUACGAGACAUUCCUCCAUUAAUGGAGAGCAUGAGUAACCUCAGGUUUGUGAAUUUCCGAGACAACCCUUUGACGUACGACGUGACGCUUCCCGAUUUAAACGAAGAUGUCGACGAAGAGGAGAAUGACAGGGAGAUGUUCGGGCGAGAGUUCAUGCACUACUACAUCCAGGAGUCCCGAAAAAGAGGAUCCCAAACGUUCACAUCAGUGCUAAACAUGGCGUUGGAUGCCGUGCCAGAGCUAGCAUCAUCUUUGUGACUAGCAUGCUGGCUACCGUCUGCUGGUUUGUCUUCUGGGCCCUGCCUGUUCUUAUGAACCAACAAUGUGAAGUCCAUUGUCAUCAUGUUUUGUUGUUUAUGCUGUUGUCAGCUUCCUGUUCCUGGUAGCUCUUAAAAUUUUGUGGAUGAGCUAAAAAAUUAAAAAUGAAAUGUGCACUGCUUUGCUGA